UGCUGGCUUCUGCUGGAAAGGUGCCAAACUGUGGACCAAGAUGACACAACCCGCAUUCACCACCCAUAAUCUUUUGGACAGCCCUCCGGUCACCUAAAGCAAAUGCACCUAAACCACAAUGCUGCUGACAUCACAGAAGACUCACGAUAAUGAACUCUGUGAGAAAAAGAAGAUGUGGAUUGCCUAGAUAUGUUCCAGUCCAUUGGGUGGUUGAUGACCCUCAUAGUCUUGACCGGAGCUUUGCCACGGUGCCAGGGGGCUUGUGGCGUCAGCACGGAUGGAAAAAGCGUCACUUGCAAAGGACAGAACCUGAAACAGGUCCCUCAGAAUCUCUCAGAGAGCCUGGUGUACCUGGACCUAUCGUACAACAAAAUUUCGGCAAUAGGAGCAGAUGACUUUUUCCAAUAUCCCAAGCUACACACGUUAAACCUGAGCUACAACAAUAUAUCGUACGUUGACAAUAGAACAUUUCAGUACAACGUACUCAUAAGGAACUUGAGUUUGUUUAAUAACUCCCUCAGUGAGAUUCCUCAUUCUUCCUUGGAAGAUCUGGGAGACUUGCAGAUCUUUGACUUGUCCAACAACCUCUACAAACGUGUAACUCUUGAAGACGUCUUCGGCACUCUGGUAAAACUGAAAGAUUUGUCCGUAGGAGGUCCUCUGGUCUCCGGCAUCUUCAAAGAUGACUUUGCUUCCAUCCAAAAUAUCAAUCUUAUUAGGUUUGCUUUGAAAUCCAAGUCCAGCUUAGACUAUUAUGAACCCGGGGCCUUCUCAUUCCUUGACACACAGAAUUUGUGGCUCGACAUCGCUGUGGACAAAAACGCAACACUUUUUGGUGCUAUGUUGAAGGAUUUGACAAAUAAAUCCUUCACUAGCCUUCGUUUUCGGAAUUUGUUUGAGUUGUCCUAUUAUGCGGGCAUUGAGGAUAUAUUUUCUUAUCUACCAUAUAUUGAUGUAAGAGGCCUGGUCUUCUACAGAGGGAAAUUCAAUGAGAACCUCUUACGUCUGGUCUUGCAGAAUGUCCAAGUAUCUUCAAUAAGGAAUCUUUACCUGGUUUCCAUCGAUUUUGCCCGUUCUCCAAAUGCCAAUAAAUCAGAAGUCAUCAUUGACAACUUACAUUUGGACAACCUGGUGAUACAGGAUGUCACCAACCCAGACAUACUUCGAUUUGACUGGACAUUCACUUGGUUCAACAAGGUCACUAGCCUCAGUAUCAUUAAUGUGAACUUCAACUUUGUUCCUUGCGAUGCUUGGGGCCAGAUGAGCAAUGUGGUUGUGCUAAACGUAUCAGGAAACCGUCUCUUGGCCUCGUACCUGUUUAACCUGUUGUGUAGCGAUCAUAUUUUACCCAACAUUAAGAUAUUUAAUGCCAGCGACAAUGUGAUGCGCAGUCUCAAGACGGUAUCUUUGUUGACAGCUCGGUGGCCAAAACUCACCCACCUUGACCUUAGAUCAAACAACCUUGGGAGCCUCGACGAAACUUGUGUGUGGACAUCUAACAUCAAAGUUCUUAUUUUGAAGGACAAUUUGCUCCGGUACGAAGUGUUCCGCUGUCUACCUACAACAGUGGAACACUUGGACCUCUCCAAUUCCCAGCUCGAGAGAUUGAACAUGCAUUACUUUGACAUGGCCACCAAUUUGACAAAACUGAUACUUAGCAACAAUAAAAUCAAGUUCAUACCCUCAGGGUGGCGCAGUCCCAACCUUCAAGUGCUGGCACUGGAAGGCAAUUCCUUUGGAGUUAUUGAUCAGGGUUCUUUUCGAGAUUUGCCCCAGUUGACACACUUGACAGCGGGCAACAAUCCUUACCACUGUACAUGUGACCUUUAUGCCUUCAUCACAGACACUCUGAAAGAAGGGUCUUUGGGUCUUGAUGACUGGCCCGAUAAUUAUUACUGCUAUCACCCCCCGUAUUUGUUGGACACUAGGAUUGAACACUUCAGCCCUGGAAGGCUGGAGUGUAGCGUUGGCUUGGUGGUGGCCAUAUCUGCGUCGGUGACGGCUUUCGUUGUCAUUGUCUGCAUGUUGCUGUGUUGGAGAUUCGAUGUACCAUGGUACAUUCGAGCGACUUGUCAAAUAAUCCAAAUGAAAUAUCGGUCGCGGAAGGCAAAACACAGCAGAGACUAUGACUACCACGCCUUCAUCUCUUACAGCUAUUCGGACGCUGAUUGGGUAAGAGGGGUUCUACUCCGCCAUCUGGAGAACUCUGACCCACCCUACAGAGUAUGCAUCCAUGAGAGAGACUUUCUGCCAGGGAAAUGGAUUAUCGAUAACAUCAUAGAGAACAUUGAGAACAGCCAAAAGAUCAUCUUCAUUCUGUCACACAACUUCAUCAACAGUGAGUGGUGUAACUACGAGCUCUACUUCGCCCACCAAAGGGCCAUUGGCCACGCGUUUGAAGACGUUAUCCUGGUGGUCAAGGAAAGCGUCAGUAUGGAAGAUCUGCCAAAAAGAUUCCACAGGCUACGGAAAAUUCUUAGGACCAAAACGUAUUUGGAGUGGCCUAUGGAGGAAAGCAGACAACCCUUCUUUUGGGUCCAACUCAAGAGCAUCUUAGGGAAGGGCAGCUCAAGUAUUAAGGGACAAGAUAAUGUAUCUCUGGUCAAUGAAACUGUUAUUAGGGGGCAGGAGAGCAGCUCUGAGGAAAUGUCAACCCCCACAGAGGCCACCCCUACAGAGACCACCCCCACAGAGGACAGCGAUGUGAAUACACCUGAAAACCAGACAUUUUCUUGUAUUUUAUGA